AUGGAUUUUGGAAUUUUUGAAAAACAAAAUAAUUCUUCAUCAUCAAUUCCUGUUGAGGAUGAUGAAAAUCCUUUGGGUGAACUGGCAAAACCAAUUUCGGCAAAAAGUGAUAUCCUUAAUGCUGAGGAUGAUGAAAAUCCUUUGGGUGAACUGGAAAAACCAGUUUCGGAAAAAAGAGAUGCUUCACCGCAUAGUGAAAGGAAUUCUAAUAACAGUUCAACAUCAAGAAACGAAUUGAAGGAUCAUCUUAUUGCACAAAUUGUCGAUAUGGGUUUCUCAGCGGAUGAGGCGGAAGCUGCGUUGGCUGUUACAGAUAACGACGAUGAUGUUUCAUCUGCUAUUGAAAUCCUCUUUCAACAACGUGAAGUUGUGAAUAAUAUGUCUAUGAAUCAAACUUCUAAACAACAAAAAAGACGUUUUUCGUCAAAAAAUCAUACUCUCAAUGUACCGAGGCGAAACGUUUAUGGUAUAAGUGUUUCUGAUGGAGAAAGUAGUGAUCGUUCUUCGUCGUCAGUAUCAUCUAAUUUUUUACAGCAAAAAGAAAAACUUAUCUCUACUGCAAGUGAAUUUGGAAUACAUGCUUUCAAAAAAGCAAGUGCUUUUUAUAAGCAAUCAAAAGAAGUGGUGAAUAAGGCGCUGGAAGAUUUACAACAACCAGAUUCUGAGGAGGAUAGUAGCAGAAGACCUAGAUGGAUGCAAAAUAAUGAUUUUCAAUCCGGGUAUAAUGAUUUUCCAAAUGUUAAGGUUGAAGAAAAAUUUCAGGAUAGUUAUGAUGAUAGCAGCAGCGAUGAUGAUGAUUAUCAUCAUCAGAUACCUGGGAGGAAUCGAUUCGUUUCCGUUUCUUCAAAAACAAAGGACAGUAGUGAUGAUGAGCUACCAAAUCCUGGUCGAAAUAAAUUUAUACCGGUCUCAUCAAAACUUAAAGAUAGUGAUAAUGACAUAUUGUCAGGACGAAAUACAUUUGUUUCAAUAAAUUCUAAGCUUAAAGAAAGUAAUGAAGAUCAUUACCGUUCUUUGCAUCAGAACGAAUCAAAAAAACCACCGAAGCCAGCUGUACCUUCACGGUCUACAAAGCCAGAUGUGAAUUCAUCGGAUUCAGCUUAUAUCUCACCUGCUCGUCGACGUCCGCCUUCUCAAAAACCUGUUCGCAACUCUUCUCCAACCCGUGUAACACCUUCAAAACCUCCAAGACUUGUGGUUCAUGUUUCGCCUGAACAACUAAAUAAAUCUGAGGCUCAUAAAGCAAAAGGAAAUGAAUUGUUUAAACUUGGUCAAUUUGGUGAAGCAGAAAAAUUUUAUUCUUUGGCUGUAGAUUCUCUUCCAACUAAGCAUUUAUUACGUGCUAUUUUAUAUAAUAAUCGAGCAGCUACUAAAUUGAAGAAUGGUGAUCAUCGUGGAUGUGUGGAAGACUGUACUCUAAUACUUCAGUUAAUUGAUGAUUAUACGUUACCCCCGCCACCUGGAGUAGCAAUUAAUUUAAAGGAUCAAUAUACUAAAGCAUUACUUCGACGAGCCUCUGCUUAUGAAACCAUGGAGAAAUAUGAUAGCGCAAAAGAUGAUUAUCAAAAGUUGAUUAACGCUGAUCCAGGUAUUGGCAAAAGUGUAAGUGACGGAUUAAGACGGUGCCAAAAAGCUAUAAAAAUGGCGACAGACAGUAAAUCAGAAAUUAAGGAUGAAAAUGAUUCUCCUCUAAUAUCAUCGAAUCAGUCAUCAAAUCAAUACGACUUUAAUGAGUUCAUGUUCGAUACUUCGGUGCCCACACAAUCAACAUCUCAGAGUACAUUUGGAGUGCCUCUAAACGCAUUUGGAUUUAUUGAUCCUACAUCGUCCACGUCAACGUCUUCGACUUAUGUUGAUCCAAAUAAUCCAGCCGUCGUUAGAUUACGUGAUCAAGCUCGACAGCAAGAACUUGAAGAUGCAGAAAGGUUUAGGUUGAAAGAUCACGUUGAUCAAAAGAUAAUGCAAUGGAAAGGAGGCAAAGAGACAAAUCUUAGAGCUUUAAUAAGUAGUCUUGAUGUUGUUUUAUGGGACGGAAUUGGAUGGAAGACAAUAGGGUUACAUGAAUUAGUAACAUCUUCACAAGUUAAAAUUAGAUAUAUAAAAGCUAUUGCUAAAGUGCAUCCAGACAAGUUAAAUUCAGCAACCACAAUAGAACAAAGAUUGUUAGCAAAUGGUAUAUUUUCUGCACUAAAUGAUGCUUGGGAUGUUUUCAAAAUUCAAAAUAAUUUAUAGAUAUAAUUCAGUAACUAAAAACCUAUUCUUAAAUAUUAUAAAAUUUUAUUUAGAUUGUAAUUAAUUGGGACUUAGUUAUAAACAAAGCAUAAUAGAACAAUAUUUGUCAAAAUUAUCACAUAAUAAUAUUAUUAUUUAUUUAAUUCAU